AUGAACCUUGAAAACGUUGGUGAGACAGCGAGUAACCAAGGCCCAGAGCUUCGCAUGAAGCUUGAAGAUGACCCACGUAUGACUGAGGGUGCCGAAGAACCCAGUGUUUAUACGGCGCUGGGAUCCUGGACACGGCUGAGUUUGGAAAACCAGUAUGUAUAUAAAUUUGAGAUGGAGGCCUCUCAAGGUGACUACGUGCGAAAGAGCGUUCUUGGAGGAUUUCAUCCUUAUGCUCCUCUGCAACCUUACGGCACGGAAGAUUCAGCCCACGAUGCAUAUUACGUGAAGGUUCCAAAUGGGUUCCUCAGAAGCAAUUUCAACGACGCGUUUGUGGAAUUCUCUAUCGAGUGGCCCAAGACCAAGCAGGUCAAGGGAGAUAUAUAUGUUUCUCUGCGAUACUUGCAAGCUCUUGCUGAGAAUAACGUGGCUUGGAAUCCCAUACAUGUUCUUGACUUAGUAACGAAAAAAGAUGAACUCUGCAAACGGGACGAGAGGAUCCAAAAGAAAGAGGAAGAAUGGUUGAACAACAGUGAGAAGAGAGGGAAGAAGGCGGCUGACGCGGCCAAAGCGGCGAAAGACAAAAUGGAUGAGCUGAUCCAGAAACGAAAGAAUGUUCUUAUACCGCCAAUCACAGCUCGAGUUAAAGUCAAAGCUGUCACUCCCGGUUUCGACUUCUCCGAGAGGUGCGGGAAGGCUCCUAACCCCGUGAACGACGUCACUGAGGAACAAAGAAUCUACGGGGUGGCGGGUGAUACGGAAGAGAAAGCUCUAGGACCAUGUUUGGAGGAAAUGCACAAGAUGAGCAGCUGCAAAUGGAAGUUCCGCGGAAAAGAUGACAAGGAAAUCGAAGAGCAUGUCGAAGAGUGCCAGACGUUCAGGAUUUUCGUAAAGGCCGUCAUACCUUUCCGCGCCGAAUCUGGGAGGUUGUGCUUUGGCUGCUACAGCCCUUUUCCAGCAGGCACAAAAAAUGAUAUUCGAAAGCAUUAUGAUGACAACCGCAGUGCGCUUCUGUCAAUCCAUUACUAUGACUACGCUAGCAUGCAGUGGCUCUGGAAGGAGUACUGGAAGAGUCCUACAGCACAUGACCAGCCAAAGUCUGCUAAGAGCCGCGGCUGGAGAACUCGCUAUGAUGCUUCACCUCUUUCAAAACCGCUCGUUAUCUGGAUUUUGCCCGGUGCCAGGACACGCUUUUACAACACUCUCAAUAAUGGGUUGGUGGAAGGGUACAAGAAAUCUGACCCAGCGGGCCAUGCCCAUGAGGUCUUCGGCAAGAUCAUUGCACAAAUCAAUGAACGCGAAAAGAAUGACGCGAGUAGGAAACAUACCAAACUCCAGUUGGCACCGGAGAAGUGGGAGUGGGAGUCAAGCCGCCACUAUUGCCUUCUCUCAGAAGAUCCUUUUCGAUUGUACCAGACGUACAUCCACAAGGACUGUAUUCACGAGUACAUGCAGAGGUUUAAGGAUGCUGCAGAUGAAGCCGACGGUAGGGAAGCGGAAGCAGUAUCUCCAAAAGCCGAUGGUGCGAUGAACCUGGAAACCUCUGGUACCCAACAGGCCACGCCGGUAACAAACAAAGAAAGGAAAGAUUUCAUGCCCAUUCGACAACUACCUAUUGGGCUUGACCACAAGUAUAUCGAUAAAAUGAGUGAGUAUGAAGCCAAGCAAGAGUCCUUUACUGAGUACUGGCCCACUGAUCCCAAAAUAACUCCCGUUAAGAAGUCGGAUGAUCAAGAUGAAGACGAGAGUGAGGCUGAGUACUAUGAAAGUGACGAAGAGGAGAGCAACCCGCCCGCACAGGGGGAGCAAAUCGUCGCCACCAAGACUCCUACUCAGGAAGUUGAUGAGGAAGACACUAAGCCAAUCGAGACGAAGUCAAAAUCUACAAAGGAGAUGGAGAAAAAGGCAGAAAAGGCUGAACCUAAGAAGGGCAUGACACGCAGCAUACACGUCAAUCCCAUCAAUGCACAAAAGGUAAUCCGGGCCGCAGGUUCAAGGAAGGGCCAAAAGGACCAGAAAGCAGUUAUGGGCUUUUCAGCAUCUUAUUUUGCGGACCAAGUUCUCGGCUGGUCAUGGCGUCCUGGUCCAAAAGCCACUCUUAAAGAUCGGCAAAUGUCCAAUGGUCUUUACAUCGCUGAAUGGUUGCACCUGAGCGCAUACUCCUGGGGCGGCAUCCAGCAGGGCACCAACACUUCAGCCCAGAAGUCAAGCCAGACUAAAAAAAACCUCGUCUUUGGCACUUCAGAGGCAAACUCUUGCAUGACUAGAUACGAGAAGGCCUGGCAGCAACUCUUCAAGGACGAGAAGCUUCUCCGUGACAAGUUGGCAGAUGAGCAAGCCAAGGCAAGCACGACAAGCACGACAAGCACGACAAGCACGACAAGCACGACAAGCAAGACAAGCAAGAAAAGCAAGAAAAGCAAGAAAAGCAUGGUAACUGAAAUAGAAAAGUACGGCAAGGGCAACGACAAGAGAACUUACCUUCAGGGAGAGCUCAGUGUGGUUUGCAACACCAAGAGUGGACCCUACCUCUUUGAUGAGAUUGACACAGAGACGGAGAAAUACGUUUGGAAGAAAAGAAACCCUAUUGAGGAGGAUUCAACACUGGCUAAGCUCGCUGAGGAAUUUCCAUUCCUUGCUUACAACAUCCGCUACGAGAUCCGACUCAUGGGUCAAUCCAGGAUCUUGGCCCCCCUGGGUGAAAGUGAUAGUGACGUGGCUGGCACUGAAUACGAGCUACCAACAAUCCUGCACAUGAAGGCCAUGUUUUACCCAUUCAGUCGAAGAUUCUACCAUCGAUCUGAGCAUCUCCUCGACUCGGCUUUGUAUCAGCACAUGUUCAUGUUGGGUGCCUUGAACCGAUUCGAUGGAGAUAGAGCUUUGGCUGAAAAGGUUUUCGAGGGCAGGUUCAAAACAAAGAAGCUAAACGACUACAAAUCCUGGAAAAAGCUUAGCAAGGCUGAUGAAGAAGCUGCAGGGAAGGGCAAGGCUUUAAGAGAAUUGGAAACCCUGAAGAAAAAGCCUCUCACGAAGGAAACAGCCCUCGACCUCCAAGAUGCGCAAGUGAGGCAUCAGCAAGCAGUCAAGGCCAAGGUGAGGAACAUGAAGAGUUAUACAAGCAAGGCGGGCAGUAUUGUCAAGUGGCCGAUGGGAAAGAAGGCAGAGAAAUAUAUUGGUCAGAUGAGUUUCGUGCCGAAAAAUGAGACAUAUGUCAGCGAGUCUCAAGGUGAGGCGCAUCCAGACAAUUUCAAGAAAGUUCCUGGGCAGCCAGGGAGCUCAAGUCUCAUCUGA